AGCUUUCUUCUUUGAAUGAAAUCGUGUGGACGUACCCCACAGCUGACAUUUCAGCUACCCACUUUGUGAACACAGGUGAACUACAUGGAAAGAUCAAAAACAUGACAUCGCCAUUUCAAAUUCUAUUUUCUAUUGUUUUCAAAAUGUAUAUAAGCUAUGAGGUUCGAGGCAUCUUCACUAACGUUUUAUACAGCGAAAUCACUGCUAUCCUAUCAGGGAAGUUAGAAUAAGAAUAUAAAAUUCCAUAAAAAUGAAGGUGUUCACUGGUUUACUAACAUUAAUGCUGAUCUCUGCACUGGUUCUCCCAGAAGCAGAAGCAAGGGGUUGGUUCAGACGUGUGGUUGCUAGGGUGAAGUCAGUAUUCUGUAGCAAUGUAGUAUCAAGGGUGUGUGAAAGGAAUGGCGUAUGUAGUUGGAUCAAUAGGAGAGUAUGCAGCAAACGAGACCUUGACUCAAUCCAACUUGAGUUGAGAGAUGUUGAUGAUGGUGAUGAUGAGAAACAUUUGUGCCCCAUGCCUGUAUCAUUUGAUAUCUUCGAUGUCAAUGAAGAUGACCGUAUUGAUGCUAAAGAAUUGGCAAAAACAUUCAACAUGAACUGGAAAGACACCCAAAAAAAUGUAAUUGAUGGGUGUGAUAGAGAUGGGGACAAUGCACUCAGCGAAGAAGAGUUUGAAGAUUGUCCAUUUGUAUUUGAGGACAGAUUACUGGAUAGUGGUAAACAGCCACAGUUCAUAGCCAAACAAAGGAAAGAAAGGAAGAAGAAAAACAAAAAUGAAGACUAAACAAGCAAGAAACAAAGACCAGAAACAAACAAGAAACCAACAAUCAAACAAACACUUAAAUGAACAAUGCACAAUAGCUUUAUCAAUACUCU